CGCCAUGCACCGCGAGGGACCCCUCAGUUUCAGUGACGUGUACACAACCAGCUGGUCUGUGGAAGGCGUGAAGGUGACUGAAAACAUUUUAACAUUCAGCCAUGGCACUGAGACCGCUGACCAGACUUCUCCAGGCCUCUGUGUCAGCAGCACGGCUCCACACCCCGCCCCCCUCCCUCCACAGAUCACCGCUAGCCUGCCCCAGUCUCCUCAGCACCACGCAAGCUGUCCCGUUCUCCACCAGCAGGGUCGCAAGGUUCUCCUUCAAUGUACAGGAUGAGGCAGACUUUAAGGACAGAGUCUUGAAGAACACAAAACCAGUGGUGGUGGACUUCCAUGCAACAUGGUGCGGUCCAUGCAAGGUGUUAGCGCCUCGGCUUGACAAGGUCAUCUCUGCGAAGGGCGGGGACGUGGAGCUGGCCAAGGUCGACAUCGACAACCUGCAGGAGAUCGCCAUGCAGUACGACGUGCGAGCAGUACCGACAGUUGUUGGUAUGAAGGACGGGAAGGUUGUGGACACGUUUAUGGGACUGGUGGAUGAGGACAUUCUGGAGGUGUUCGUAGAGAAACUGUCAAUGUGAAACCACUGAGCAGUGUAAAAUUUACUUCAUAUAAAACUAACUUCUCGUUGUCUUACCCUUCUCCUGCGGAGCCCAUAUAUAUAUGGGUUGCACAUACAGUACCAUCUAUAUAGUGCCCUGUAUAUGUAAGAUUUGGGGGUAGUUCUCGUGCAACGCAUAGUAGCAAAAUGCAACGAAUACAGAAUUAACUACGCCACCACAGGGCAAAAAAAGUCAUCAAAUUAUUUGAAAAUAUUGUCUUAAAAAUGCCAGCAGGACAAGGGUUAAAAAAAGAGUGGUAAGUUUGUUUGGAUGAUCCAUUUAAUUAGCAAUUUGAAAGUUCUUAAUUCACAACCACUUGUUAAAUACAAGCCGACAUUUCAAAUGUCAGCUCUCUUUAAACAAGUGGUUGUGAGUAAAAGAACUUUGCUAUUCAAUCAUUCGCCAACCUGAUGAGAUUAUUGACAGAACUGAUGAUCCAUUUAGUUGAGUCAGAGUGUGUCUGACAAAAUGUACAUAAUGUAUCUCUUGACUGGGUGGACGACCAC